AUGGAGAAGGGGAUUCGAUUUUGCCCAAUCUGGCUUCAAGCUUUAUGGCUCUCUCUCUUGAUAUUUCUCUCUCUCGUUACGGUCACCAAAACAAAGAUAACUUGCAGAUCUUGUCAGCCUCCGGAUAAGUGGCGUCCCCGGGAAUUACUGCUAAAAUUGAACACCCUUCAAUCUGCAACAGGGUCCGGAGGCGAAGUUAUCAAAUAUGGUGACGGGGCAGAGGGCUUUAAUUCUGCGAAUGGAGAAACUCGCCAGCUUGACUGCACGGCUCAAUCAAUCGGUUGCAUCCCGGGCCAGGGUAGAUACAUCUACGCAAGGCGAAAACGGAAUACGAAUACGUUUCACUCAAAGGAGAUAUUCGGUGAUGGAAACCUUAACCGCGAAAGAAAACCAACCGUAGAUAAUGGCAAAGUUUCCAGCCCCAAGUCUAAUGAUCGCGUUGUGGCAGGUGCUUUGGGCGCGCGCAGUGGCAUAACUUCCAUAGCCUUCAAUAAAAACAAUAAGCGCAGAAUGCGUAGGAACACCCAGGCAAGCAACAUACAAAAAAAUGUCAUAAAAUAUUUCGGUGAAGAGUCGCUAGAUUUGGAUGCCCAACUGGGAAACAGCACCUCACGGGCUACUCGGAGGGUCCCCCGGUCUGACUUAAGGUGGAACAAAGAGGACCGGAGAGCCACCAGUUCAAGGCAGGACGAACUGAAACUUACCAGCUCCACCUUCGCUUUGACUGGGGAUUCCGCUCACAACCAAGCCAUGGUGCACUGGUCUGGCCAAAACAGCAGCGUCAUCCUCAUGCUGACCAAACUGUAUGACUUCAACCUGGGUAGCGCCACGGAAAGCUCGUUGUGGAGGUCGACGGACUACGGAACCACCUAUGAGAAGCUCAAUGAGAAAGUGGGUUUGAAAACAAUACUCAGCUACUUGUAUGUGAGUCCAAACAACAAAAGAAAGAUCAUGUUGCUGACGGACCCGGAGGUGGAGAGCAGUUUGCUCAUCAGUUCGGACGAGGGCGCGACCUAUCAGAAAUAUCGCCUCAGCUUCUACAUCCUCAGCUUGCUCUUUCACCCCGAGCAAGAGGAUUGGAUCCUCGCCUACAGCCACGACCAGAAGCUCUACAGUUCGGUAGAAUUCGGAAGACGGUGGCAGCUGGUGCAUGAGAGAGUAGCCCCAAAUCGAUUUUACUGGUCGAAGAUGGGUUUAGACAAAGAGCCAGGUUUGAUACACCUGGAGACCAGCAUUUCAGAAGGGCAGGCUCUCUAUGUCACCUGUAAGCUUCAGAACUGCACGGACGCCAACAAAGGGAAACCCUUCCCCGGCUACAUCGACCCCAAUUCCCUGGUGGUGCAGGACGAAUAUGUGUUUGUCCAGGUCACUACGGGCGGGAGAACAAUCUACUACGUGUCAUCGGAGAGAGAUGUGUUCACACCUAUGAAGUUACCCAAGUACACCUUGCCAAAGGACCUGCAUGUGAUCAGCACCGACGAGAACCGGGUGGUGGCCGCGGUGCAGGAGUGGAACCAGAACGACACCUAUAAUCUUUACGUGUCUGACGCUGGAGGAGUGUUCUACACCCUGGCUCUGGAGAACGUAAUGAGCAGUAUGGGACCGGAGGGGAACGUCAUGAUCGACCUGUAUGAGGUGGGAGGGAUAAAAGGGAUGUUUUUGGCCAAUAAGAAGCUGGAUAUCCAAGUGAAGACCUACAUCACUUACAACAAGGGACGAGACUGGAGACUGCUGCAGGCGCCCUCUACUGACCUGAGAGGAAACAGCAUCCACUGCAUGCUGCCAUACUGUUCCUUGCACCUACACUUACACGUGUCAGAAAACCCCUACACGUCUGGAAACAUCGCCAGCAAAGAGUCCGCCCCCGGGAUCAUAGUGGCGUCAGGUUCAAUAGGCGCUGAGCUGACCAGCAGUAACGUUAGCAUGUUCAUCACCUCUGACGCCGGAAACACAUGGAGACAGAUAUUCGAUGAAGAGUACAGUGUGCUUUACCUGGACCAAGGAGGAGCCCUUGUGGCCAUCAGACACACGCCUCUUCCCAUCAAACAUCUGUGGCUCAGCUUUGAUGAAGGAAGAGUUUGGAAUAAAUACAGCUUCACUUCUUCUCCUCUCUUCGUGGACGGCGUCCUCGGUGAACCUGGGGAGGAGACCCUCAUCAUGACGAUCUUUGGUCACGUCAGUCACAGGUCUGAAUGGCAGCUGGUGAAGAUUGACUUCAGGUCCAUAUUUAACAGAAGAUGCACAGAGGGAGAUUAUCAGACCUGGCACCUGCACAACCAGGGCGAACCAUGCCUGAUGGGGGUAAAAAGAAUCUACCGGAAACUUAAGCCCACGGCUAGGUGUGUCAUGGGCAAAACCUAUUCGGUGACGAUGACCUCUGAACCCUGCGACUGCACAGAGUUAGACUUCGAAUGUGAUUACGGCUACGAGAGAAGGACAGACGGGAGGUGUUCGCCGGCCUUCUGGUUUCUGCCCUCGUCCAUGUGGAGGAGCUGUACCA